AUGUCGUCGCCAUCUAAACCAAGAAGUAUCCCCGAUAAAACACACCUCGAGUCACCACGGGUCCUUGCCUGCGUUUUCUGCCAGCAACGCAAAGUAAAAUGUGACCGCCGGUUCCCGUGCUCGAACUGCAUCAAGCACCGGACACGCUGUCUACCGGCGAUGCAGAGACGGCGGAAAAGGAGGUUUCCGGAGCGAGAGCUUCUGGAUCGUCUUCGGAAGUAUGAGGAUCUGCUCCGGCUAAAUAAUAUCAAGUUUGAUUCGCUUCAUAAGACGAAGUCUGACGAGUCCCCUCUAGCCCGUGAUGGUUCGGAGGAUGAGCAGCCCGAGUCUGGAUGGUCGUCUUGCGAGAAGUUGGAGGAUGCUUACGAGGCUAAGAAUAUAUACCACGCCAUGAAGCACGGGUUCCCGCAACACAGCAGUCGAUCUUUCAACUCUCCACCCGGAACCAGUUCACAUUUUAACACAGACCCUCGAUCCAUCUCGUCACUGCUCAGCAUCGCAAUCCGUAUUGUGCAGCGCAUAGGCAUCCACAGCGAAGCAGCCAAUUCUCAAUGCACAAUCUUCGAAGCAGAAAUGCGCCGAAGGCUAUGGUGGUCUCUUAUGCUCUUCGACUCACGUAUCAGCGACCUGUCCGACUACAAAGCCACAAUGCUAGCUCCUACCUGGGACUGCAAGGUCCCCAUCAACACUAAUGACUAUGAGCUUCGAGUGGAGACCAAAGUGCCCCUGUUCCCGGGAAAGCCACCGAGUCGAUCUUCGCAGUUCCCUGAAGCCUAUCUCCAAACUCCGGGGGGUGUCGAUGACAUAGCCGCCCUAGAGAAGAUGGUCGAGGAGAAAUACCUCCAAUUCUCGCAGCUCUCGAAACUCCGUCUCUUGGAGCACUUCUCAAAACGUCCGCACUCUCCGUCUGUACGCCAACCACCAACGCAAGCCCAAGGUGACGCUACCCUCUCCUACGCUCUCCGCAUGCUCGAGUCCAACACAAAAGUCAUGUCCUCGCCUCUGACAAAGGGAUACGUCUGGUUCUGCCACCUGCAUAUCCCACUACCAGCAUAUAUCCACAUCUUGCGAGACCUUAUGCAGAGACGAUCAUGGAGCGAGCCGUCCCGACAAGCGUGGGAGAUAAUGAGUGAGAACUACGAAGCGUGGUUCGGAGCGUCGAACACAAACGCUCCACCCAAUUCACUCGUCAGCGACACGCUUUUCGGACAGUUCACCAAGAUCAUUCUUCAAACCUGGGAAGUUCUCGAGAAGCCUGGUCAAAAGGAUAUGUUGGCUCCGCCGAGGAUUAUCUCGAGUAUCAGACAGAAAAGGGCGGACGUGGCUGCCGAUAUACAGAAUGACCAUGACACAGCAUCGUCUGACAGUGCGAUAGGUGCAAGCAUUGGUGAUCUGUUUCUGUCCAUGCCCUGCCCCAUAGCGUUUGGUAGCCCCAGCCUAGGGUUUGGCAUGGGUGAGCAAGAUGGCUACUCGGGGAUGGACCCGAAGGUUUACCCUCACAUGUCACUUGGCGAUACGAAUCAGUCCAACUGGGCCUCAAUGCACUGGGGUUUAGGAUAA